AACCCCACUGUGACUGUCUACUUUUGGCAAUUCCCCACGGUUUUUCUUCUAAAUCCAAUUUCUCGUUCAGCCACCCCUCCCUCCUAUUACCGGCCACCAACAGCCCCAGCAAGCUACAAUCCGGCAAAAUCUCCGCCUAUCUCUUCCUCUCAGACUAUCACCCCUUCGAAAUCAGAGUUCUUAUCUCUUUUCCCCCCGCAGAAACACAGUGGUUAAGCCGCUAACCUGCGCCGUUGGUGAGAUCGCGCUCCUGCCGCCCCCAUUUUUCAGAUCUCCAAGUAUGUACCAAUCACUAUUACUUGCGUUUUCAGAGGGCAGAAGAUGAAUACUUGAUAUGUGCUUCCAGAUAACUGUGUCAUGAAACUGAAUAACAAGCUUACAAUGUUAUUUUGUGGAUGCAAUAGAAAGUAGGAUAAGGUAAAGUGAAAACCAAAGAUAACUGUCAUAGCCAGGAUUUCUAUCCAGAAUAUAGACGUCAGUCAGAAGAGCUUACAAGGAGGAAGCAGGAGCAGAAAUGGAAAUCGAAGAUGUUCCAAUGGACGAAAAAGCGAAAAGAAUGAGGGAUCUGCUAUCUAGCUUCUACUCCCCCGAUGCUUCAAUGUCUGGCUCACCCACGGGCUCAUCUAAUAGAUAUGCCUCUCCUUUAGAAGCGAUUAACACCACCUCAUUUAAUCCUGAUCAGUAUAUGAACAUUCUGGUACAAAAGUCGAAUUUGGAGGGGCUCCUUCAAAGACAUGUCGAAAUGGCUGCUGAGAUUAAGAAUCUUGACACGGAUCUCCAAAUGCUGGUUUAUGAAAAUUACAAUAAAUUCAUCAGUGCAACUGAUACAAUUAAAAGGAUGAACAAUAAUAUCGUGGGGAUGGAGACAAACAUGGAACAACUCCUUGAAAAAAUACUGUCAGUACAAUCUAGAAGUGAUGGAGUUAAUACUUCCCUUUUUGAAAAAAGAGAGCACAUUGAGAAACUGCAUCGAACACGAAACCUUCUUCGUAAAGUUCAGUUCAUAUAUGAUCUACCCGCUAGACUUGGAAAGUGCAUCAAAACAGAAGCCUAUGCUGAUGCAGUCAGAUUCUACACUGGAGCCAUGCCAAUUUUUAAGGCAUAUGGAGACUCCUCAUUUCAAGAUUGCAAGCGAGCAUCAGAAGAAGCGAUAGCAGUAGUUUUAAAAAAUUUGCAGGAAAAGCUAUUCUCAGACUCUGAAUCCAUACAGACGAGAGCGGAGGCUGCAGUCCUUCUUAAGCAGCUAGAUUUCCCGGUGGACAGCUUAAAGGUAAAGUUGCUAGAAAAGUUGGAACAAUCGACAUUGGAUCUUCAGCUUAAUGCUGAAAACUUGACUACUGCAUUAGUAAAUGCCUCAUCAAAAGAUGGAAAUUCUUCCGAGUUAGUUUAUGGUGCUUCACACGAGGCAUCUGUUCGGGAGUUUACAGAGGCAGUCCGAGCUUAUCGUGUAAUAUUUGCAGAUUCAGAUAGGCAACUGAUAAAACUUGCUCAGGAUUUGGUUACAAAGCAUUUUGAUUCCACUGAGCAAUUUAUCAAGAAACAGAUUUGUGCUGCAGAUCUUCUCCUUGUUUUUGGAAUUAUAUGGACAGAUGUGCUUUUAUUUGGAGAAGUAUUGAAUGAUGCCGGUCUGCUUGAUUAUUCCUUGAAGGCUGCCCAGGUUGCUGUCAAACAGUAUGUCACAUUCACAUUCUCCCGUCUUCUGCAAGACAUCUCAGAUGCACUCACACAGGUUCACACUAGGAAAAAAGAGGGCGUUCAAGAGUACUCCUUGCAGCUUGAGCUGGAGGCCAGCAAGAAGGCAGUGCUUCAGGGCAGCAUGGAUGUUUUACUAGAGUUCCGCCAGCUUCUUGAAGAUCAGUCGGGGCUAAUCAUUAACCAGAGGGAUUCAAUUGUUGAUUGGGUUCAAGAAGGAUUUCAGGAUUUCUUCAGGGCACUUGUUGACCGGUUCAUGUUGCUUUCAGGAAAAAAUAAUUCUUAUACUCAAAGUCAAGCUUUAACUGAGGCAACCCAAGCUGAAAAAGUUAUUGCUGGGCUUGUCUUGGUGCUUGCACAAAUUUCAGUUUUUAUUGAACAAACUGCCAUACCUAGAAUCACUGAGGAAAUAGCAGCUUCCUUUUCUGGUGGUGGUAUUAGGGGUUAUGAAUAUGGUCCUGCCUUUGUACCUGCAGAAAUUUGCCGAAUGUUUCGAGCUGCUGGUGAAAAGUUUUUACACCUUUAUAUAAACAUGCGAAGUCAGAGGAUAUCAGUUCUUUUGACUAAGAGGUUCAGAACGCCAAAUUGGGUUAAGUACAAGGAACCUAGAGAGGUUCACAUGUUUGUUGAUUUAUUCCUUCAAGAGUUGGAGGCCGUUGGAAGUGAAGUUAAGCAGAUUUUGCCAGAAGGGACUCGUAAGCAUCGUCGGACUGACAGCAAUGGAAGCACGACGUCAUCACGAAGCAAUCCUCUUCGAGAGGAGAAGUUGAAUAGGUCAAAUACGCAAAGGGCUCGAAGCCAGCUGUUAGAAACCCAUCUAGCAAAGUUAUUUAAGCAAAAGAUAGAGAUUUUUACUAGAGUAGAGUUUACUCAGGGAUCGGUUGUAACAACUAUAGUGAAACUUUCCCUUAAAACUUUGCAAGAAUUUGUCCGACUCCAGACUUUUAACCGAAGUGGGUUCCAACAAAUUCAAUUAGAUAUGCAGUUCCUGAGGACUCCUCUAAAGGAAAUCGCAGACGAUGAAGCAGCUAUCGACUUUUUGCUUGACGAAGUGAUAGUCGCAGCAUCAGAGCGUUGUCUUGACUCCAUUCCUUUGGAGCCUCCCAUCUUAGACAAACUUAUACAAGCAAAAUUGGCAAAGGCAAAAGAUCAGAAUCCAAUGACUCCAUGAACAUGCGAAAAUGGAGAGUUAAGAAUUGUUACAGACCUGCAUCAUCAUCGCCUACUGGUAUUUCCAUAAACUUAGCAACUGAUCUGACUAUGAAAAUAUAAGAUUCACAACCGUGUUGCGUUAUCAAGUUGUGGGCUACUGGUUCAUUCUUUAUCAGUAGACAAACGGUUUUUGUCGGUUACACAUUUAGAAAAAUGGUAUGCUUGUGUUGGCAUUAAGAAGAACAGAUGACACAAGCUCACUAGUAUUGCGGGAAUGUCAAAUUUGAUGAGUUCAUUGUUUCAGGGCUUUUAGAGGUUUUCAUAUAAUUGGCACAAAAGUCUCUUGUUCGACUGAUUGAUGGCAUUCGAUAUUGUUGUAACCUUUUUAUCCAUUAAGAAUUUAUGCACCAUAUUUUCUUGUACUAUAUGUGACUAACAAAUUCCUUACUCUCCUCUUUGGAGUUGCUGCUUUA